UCCCGCGCACUCCGGGGCUCUGGCCGCCGCCUAGCUGAGCCCAGAAGCAGCCGGGCCGUGGCAGCGGGCUGGCCGGGGCUGAGGACGAGCGGGCCCACGGCUAUGAAGUGGCCCCCGAGGGCACGGAGCCGGAGAACGCCCCGAGAGAGAAGCGCGCACAUAGCAGGGAAGCAGCCUCGGGGCACUGUGGCCAGGGCAUAGGACUGCUACCCGCUAUGGACUGCGCCUGGGACGAUAUGGACUCGCUGCAGCAGGUAUCAACCUCUGAAGGUUCCUGACCCUGCCACGAACUACUGCCCCUUCGCAGACUCCCAUCAGGCUGGAUUCUGCAAACCUGCUUCCGAAAUGGGUAAUGAGGAGCUGUGGGUGCAGCCAGCCUUGGAGAUGCCGAAAAGACGGGACAUCCUUGCGAUCGUCCUCAUCGUGCUUCCCUGGACACUGCUCAUCACCGUCUGGCACCAGAGCAGCCUCGCGCCUCUGCUUGCUGUGCACAAGGAUGAGGGCAGUGACCCCCGGCAUGAGGCACCACCCGGUGCGGACCCUAGGGAGUACUGCAUGUCUGACCGCGACAUCGUGGAGGUGGUGCGCACAGAGUACGUGUACACGAGGCCGCCACCGUGGUCCGACACGCUGCCCACCAUCCAUGUGGUGACACCCACCUACAGUAGACCGGUGCAGAAGGCAGAGCUGACGCGUAUGGCCAACACACUACUGCAUGUGCCCAACCUGCACUGGCUGGUGGUGGAGGAUGCUCCACGCAGGACGCCACUGACAUCGCGCCUACUGCGCGACACUGGCCUCAACUACACACACCUGCACGUGGAGACGCCACGCAACUACAAGCUGCGAGGUGAUGCCCGAGACCCUCGCAUCCCGAGAGGAACCAUGCAGCGUAACCUGGCCUUGCGCUGGCUGCGGGAGACCUUCCCCCGGAACUCUACUCAGCCAGGUGUAGUGUACUUCGCAGAUGAUGACAACACAUACAGUCUGGAGCUCUUUGAAGAGAUGCGCAGCACAAGGAGGGUGUCCGUGUGGCCUGUGGCCUUCGUUGGUGGCCUUCGGUAUGAGGCCCCAAGGGUGAAUGGAGCAGGGAAGGUGGUUGGCUGGAAGACAGUGUUCGACCCCCACCGGCCGUUCGCAAUAGACAUGGCCGGAUUUGCCGUCAACCUGCGGCUCAUCUUGCAGCGAAGCCAGGCCUACUUCAAACUACGUGGCGUGAAGGGAGGCUACCAGGAAAGUAGCCUCCUUCGCGAACUUGUCACACUCAAUGACCUGGAGCCCAAGGCAGCAAACUGCACCAAGAUCCUGGUCUGGCACACACGGACAGAGAAGCCGGUGCUGGUGAAUGAGGGGAAGAAGGGCUUCACUGACCCCUCGGUGGAGAUCUGAAACUAAGGAUGCAGGAACCUCCUUCUCAGACCUGAUCUUGGCCUUCCAUCCUCUCCCAUGGCUGAUAGUCACUCUGAGGCAGACUCCUGAGGAACGGCAUCACCUCUUGUCUAUUCUGAGGGCUUCCAAGAGAGCCUGGCUUAAUGCCAGGAUAAGAGACAGAAUUUAAGCACAGAAUUCCAGACCUGUUGUUCUCUCCAUCAACACAGCCAGGGGCUUAAAAAACCGGAGGGCUCAGCACACCUCCUUGGAAGCUUCCUGCAUUGAUGGGGCUGUGUGAGCAGGUGACCCUGUUUUGGAGUGAUGCUGGGGCAAGGGAGAUCAGAAAACCCCAGUUGAGUGAAGCAUGGCUCUCCAUGGUUCCCUGCUCUUGGGCCCAGCAUGACUACACAGCAUGUGCCCAGCCAGGGCAUUCUAAAGACCAGAGAGCAGCCCGGGGCAUGAAGAUGCCCCAACACUCCUCUUUCACACCUGCUCUUCCUCAGAGCUGCUCCCAAAUCAGAAAUACCUCUGGCUCUCCUCUGGUUCAUGUUUACAGGGCAUAAGGCUGUCUUGGAUCCCACCUGGCACCCAGCCCUGCAUCGGGGGAGCCUGGGCCUACCUACAGCUCCCCCUGUACCUCAGGCUGUGGGAGAACAAAGCCCCUUCCCAUGUCCCUCAAGCCUCCUGUGCCAGAAUCAGCAAGGUGGUGGGCCUAGAGCCAGCACAGGUCACUGACUGACCUGGAUUCAGAACCAAGUCACCCCCAAUGUCCACACUGCCUCUCCAAUACCCGUGGGCUGUAAUGACCCUUGCCGGGCUUGGACUGAGGAGGCAAUUGCCCUCUUCCUGGAACCCCUGAGAAUCACAGACCUCGGGGCUGGAGGUAACAGUAAUAAACAGGCAGAGCUCUUCCUGAUAAAGUGUGAGGCCCAGCAAACCCAGCCCUUUCCUGCACAGAUUUCUGGGAGAGGUGCAUAAGCAGGGGCCUUGAGGACAACACUGAAAGACCUGAGCACACACUGCUUUGGAAAUCACUCUAUCUUACACAAAAACAGAAAGCCUGCCAAGCCAGCCUGCCUCAUGCCCACUGCCCCUUCUCCACCCCAGACAGAACAGUAUCCCCAUGCUGUUGCACCCACCCAAGAAAAGCAUCUGCCUGGGUCUCCAGCAUCGGACAGGCCCCGGGUUCUGGCUGUACAGGGCCCUCUGGUGGUAAUCUCACUCCAGCUCCUACAAGUUGGAAGCACAAUUUUCCUCCUAAGUGGGAAAAAGGAAAGGGCGCAAGCCCACUGAAGAGGCGUUUUAUUUUUUAACUGCUAACAGCUCCCCCACUCCAUUAAAACCCGUAGGACAAGCCCAAGAGUCAUUCAGAACCCACUCUUGGGCAGAUGAGACUCAGUCCAUACAUCUAACAUUCAAAGAAUAGCAUCUGCUGCCUAUUUUGAAAUGGAUUUAACUUCCCACAACCUUCAGGAAACCACCUGAAUCAGACCCCACAGCCGCCUAGAAAGGCUUUUUCCCCCAACCAUUUAAACUUUGGCUAUUGCUUUGGAAAUUUACCCCUUGGCAUCAAAAUAAGUUUCAUAGGAGAGGGGCAUGGGGCCUCUAUCUGAUGAGUGAUUUUAUGUCUGGGCACUCUACUGCUCAUUCAUAGAAACUAUCAGUGAAUGCCAACGUCAAAUCGGCUGCUGAGGCUGCCUUCUUAGCCAAAACCCAGUUUCCUAAAAAGGAAAUUGAAAAUGGGAAAAAAAAAAAAAAAAAAAAACAACGGGGAUUUUUUUAAUGUUUAUUUUUGGCAGAUGCUAAUUCAGUUGUUUUCUCCUAAUAUCCCCUCUUAGCUGCAUGUGUAUUUAUUUAUAAUUACAACCCUGGUGGACUGCGGCCUUCAUCUUUCUUGGAAAUGAGUUUGUUGCAAAUCAGAACUGGGUCGAUGAUAAUAACUUGUUCUCCAAACCCAGGCUGUUCCCUAUGCCCUUGAUAGAAAGCCCCACCACAGAGGAGUCAAGCCAGGGGUUUAGGAGGUCCAUGGGCAGAGGCUGGCGUGAGGGUGGAGCCCAAGCUGCUGCACCAUCUGGUCUGUUUUAAUUUAACUGUAUUUAAUUUGUUUUCAAAAUUAAAAGUCAAAUAUGGUUUUUAACAGUUGUAAUCCUCUUCAGCCCUGCCUUAUUUUAUUCUCAUUUAUUAAUUUAACCAUCCAACAAAUAUUUACCAAAUGCCUGCUGUGAAUAGGCAUUCUUCUAGGAACCAGCACAUAGCAGUCUUUGUGGGGCUUACCCACCAAAUACAAGAGACAGACAAUGAUAAUGAUGCAGCAUUUCAGGUGUGAGAUGCUGAAAGGAGAAGAGCAGAGCCGGUGGGAAGUCGGAGGGUAACAACAGAGGUCCUGGGGUUCUAUAACGCACAUCAAUAAAGGCCACCCUCAUAUGGGAACUUGGAAUAGAACAGCAGCAUGCCAUUGUGCAGCUGAGGCAGACAAUCCUGACGAGAGAAAUGUCCCCCAACUGCAGAGUGCUUCCCAUACCUAUAGCUCAGAAAAAAGAAAGAAAAGCAUAAAAAAGAGAAAAAAAGAGAGAAAGAAAGGAAGGAAGGAAGGAAGGAAGGAAGGAAGGAAGGAAGGAAGGAAGGAAGGAAGGAGAAAGAAGGAAAGAAAGGUGACUGGGCCAGGGAGGGGUAGAGGUGGCAUGGGACAAAAAAAGCCUAGAAUCAUCUGGUCUCCAAAACCAAAACCAAGAUAAAGCUUUUGCUUUCUGCUCUAAGUGAAAUUAUGAGCCACUGAUGGAAGUGACCUUCAAGGAGAGCCACUUUGCUUCCCGUGCUGAGGACAAACAGGCCACGCUAAGGCCUGGGGAGGCAGCCCCCGCAAUAAACCAGGUACAAGAUGAUGGUGGGUGGGGUGAGAGCACAAGUUGUGGAGCAGAGAGAAGUGGCUGCAUUCCAAGCACGCUUAAGGGGUUGGGUGUGGAAUAAAGGGACAGAGGCCAAAAUAAUCUGAGACACAAAACCAGGAGAGGUCAAUGAGGGAAAGCUACAGUUCUGCUUCGGACCUUGCCAUGCACAGGCAACAGACAGUGAGGGUCAGCUCUCCGUGUACCUGAGAACAGACCCUAGAGAGUGUUGGUGUCAGGGUCCCACAGGUGUGACCCCACACAGAGUGCAGACUCUCCGAGCAUUUAAUGAUGGUAAAUAAAAGGGGCCCAGAAAGGACUGAGGUGGGUCUGGAGGGGCGGAGAUCAGGCUACAUGGUACAUGGAUCUGGAAGAACUAGUCAGUUCUGGAGAGCCAAGGCCGGCUGAGUCAUGCUAGGGAAGCAGGGAAAAAUUGUUGCUACAAAAAGACCUUAUCUCAAUACAUACCCAAUCUUGUAUUCAUAACACUAACUCCAAGACUUCUUCACUCCCUUACAAGAAGGAUGCUAUGUCAAAUUCCUUUAUAUUCCGAUUGCCUGUCACACUUCCCAGCACAGCCCUGCUUAAUACAGCUUUGCAGAAACCUGCUCUUAUGUAAUGCAAGACAAAGUGACAAUAUGACACCGCUCUCUGGCUCUCUGGCUCUCUUCAAGUAGCUCUGGACUCAACUGUACCUUAGCUGCAUGCUUGCUAUCCCAAGACAUUUCAGAAAGAACUGGCAGGAGUGGGUAAAACCAGGGGCUUUGUCUGUCUUGUUUUUCAGGCAUCGUCUACAACCUGCACUUUGCACGCUUCCUUUGAGGUCAAGUGGGAUAGUUCAGUGGGUAAAGGUACUUGCCAUCAGCCCUGACAACCUGAGUUUGUUCCCCAGGACCUGACAGCAGAGACCCAGCUCCCACAGGUUGCCCCUUGAAUAGUCACACUUCAUGGCACACAUACAUCUAACUUCCCAGACAUGAUACACAAAUACUUACCAUGUAAUUUUAUCUUAAAACUUUAAGACAA